CUAACGACAGCCAGUUGACCGCGUUUUAUCCGUUAACACCCCAAACAGUUGCUGAUAGCACCCGGCCGGCACGGCCGAGGAAACCAGAGGGGGACAACGGAAACGAAAAAAACAAAUCUGCCCAACAGCGUCAACUUUCUUCGACAAACUUUCACGCUCCAGCGAAGCGCGCGCCAGCAAACUUUCGCCUCGUGUCAGCCAGCAGUAGAAGAGGAGGUUCUCGGAAAAAUCAUUCACUACCGCCGGGGAGUGCCGCAACGUAGGCCGGAGCUUUCGACACCGGAACGGAAGAACACGCAGCAUCAUGGAUGGCAGAAACCGACGGCGUCAAUUUGGCGGCCCAUGCCACUGUCUUCGGCCACUGAUACGGCUCUGGGGCGUCGUGACGGCGAUUGUGGUCAGCGGGAUCGGCAUCGACAUAAUGGUCCACGGAUACACUGCAGGUGUUUACAUUAUAGUUGCUUCCGUAGUUAUAUUCUUGCUGGAAAUCAAAUGGCUCUUCACACUGUUCAUAGUGCUGUGCACAAACAACGAUUACUCGUCCAGUUGCUACCGAUGCUGGAGCAUUUGUCGGUACUGCGGUGGCUGGCACCUUUCGUUUCCGUACGUGGCCUUAGGAAUUGCGCUGAUCGUGUGGCCCCACCGAUUAUGGCUGAGCCACGUGGCCGGUGGGCUGCUCAUCGGGCUGGCCCUGCUGCGGUUGUUGACGGUGUGCAAGUUUCGACCGCACGGCAAAGACGACGAGCUGCUGAACCACUUCGAUGAGCACGUGGACAAGUACGACAAUCUAUCGGACGUGCUGGUCGACAAUUCGAUGCCCGAACCGGGCCAAAGCCUGGAGGACGAACAGGACGAGGACGACGAAGUGGCCAUAAACGGGGGAGACAUUUGACCGGAGCAGGCAC